AUGUAUUCUGUGCAGUACAAGCCAGUCCAGACCCAUGGUCCUGUGAGUAAGAGCACCCCAGUGCCACCUAUACCAGAGGAGAUUAGUCCAGUUUACACACAACAGGGAAGGCAGCAAAACAGGCAAAACAAAGAAAAUGACCCCCCUCUGAGCCAGAAGUACCUCCAGCCAGGACAGGCUGCUGUCCCCCUGCGUCACAUGACCCCACAGACCACAACGCCACCUACAACACAGCUGGCCGCUGAGAUACCUCUCCAGAAAACUACCAGACUCAGUCAGCAAAUUGUUGUGCCGAAACUGAACCCACGACCACAGCCCCCCCUGGUGUCCUCUUACUUCCCCAGUAAACCAAAGACAACAUGAUAGAGUAUAUCACCAGUGUGUGCGUGCAUGCAUUAGUGCGUGGUCUGGUGGGGCGUCCAGCUGGUAUAACAAGCACCAAAUGGCAUCAGGGCAGUCCCAAGGAGCAAUAUUACAGGCACUGUAAUAAAAUGAACCAGUUUUAUUGCAUGGACUUUCUCCCUUAGUGCACCCCAGAAUAAACUACCGCUCUGAAACCAAACUGUUGGUGUAUUAACUUGGACUGAGUUGUUAUUUAUGGUGCAGAGAUUUCAGAGCCAUAUGAGAAACGUGCCGGUGAGACUUGCUUAGAAUUACCAUAUUUUAUAAAUAUGGAGACAUAAAGGCACUGUAAAUCUAUUUUAUAGUUCUCGUGGAAAUGCAGUGAAAUAUUAUUUGUGUACCAGAAUCCAGGGAGUAAAUGUGACGUGAAAUAGUGUCAGUCUUGACUGAUGGCAUUGUGUGAACAGCAGGUCGCACAGUGUCAGGUCUGAGUGUUAGGUUGGAAAGUCAGGUCGUAGAGUAUUAAAUCGUCUGGUGAAGAUUCCGUGAUGAAUCAAGCCUGACAACAAAGUUCCUCAGGGCCAUCCACCCACGAGGAGCUUCCACGUGUGAGAUAAUACGAUUUCCCCACAUUAUAACGGUCCACUGUCCACGUGUUCCGACAUGGCAUAGUGUGAUGAUAUCAGCAGCGGUGAUCAUUAGACUGUUUUAGCCAUAAGAAGUUAUAGCACGCGCCGUUUCUCAUCAUGAACGUAAAAUGUUCGUAUUCUAUCUCGUGCAUGCGAUUGUAGCUUGAAAUAAUUUAAAGAGAGUUCGAAUACCAUUGUGGCAGUUUUUCAUCCAGUACUGUAGUUUUUCCAUAUUAGGUCUAUUUGCUGGUGUGCUGUUAACUCGCCUUUUACAAAUAGAACGUGUAGUAUUCAAUGAAAUGAUGUGCUCACGAUAUUUAUAGUUAUGACGGGCAUUCGUCGGCAUC